CAACAAAACGUUGUCGGCUGUGCUGGUGAAAACAGUGACGCUCGAAGAGUUGUACCGUUGGUUGUUUUUAAACCUUUUAUUUCAGUUUCUGAGAUAUUAUACAGUCUAUCGAAUAUUUUCUUCUGCGAAGGUAUUGAAGUUUUUGUAACCAGUUCACCCUAGGGGUACAAUUUCAUUUUCAUUUUUUGAAGGCUCGUAUUCAGAGAAUUCAAAAUGCAAUUAUCCAACGCCAACUUGUGUGAAUUCGGAACUCAGCUUGGAUCAUCCAGCUGUACUAGAAGAAGUUGGAAUAACCGAUCAAUCUAUUGGUCAAACCGGCAGUGGAAUAUUGGAUUUGUUGGAUCUGUUUUCUCAAACAAGCAAUACAUCAUUGGGCACGUUUCAAGUGGACGAAACUCUAAGCCAGGCUGAUCAAGAUUCUCAAGUUGCUGAUGAUUGCUUCAUUCACUUCGAAGAUAAUCAGCCGUUAAUCUCUCCAGAUCUAGAUCUGAAAUUUCUUGAUACCUUUCUGGAAGGGAACGAAAUAUCAAAUAUGGACUGUCACGAUAUUAAUUUUGGCGCGGAACCUGUUGAAGAAUCCAUGAAUUUAGCAUCUCUUAUCUGUUUUAAUUACGAUAUUGCAUCUGAUAUACCAGUUCAAGAAUUAUCGUAUGAUCUCAAUUCUGCUCCGGAAUUAACAGACAUACGCUUGUGGAGUAAUCCUGAAAGUGAUCAAAUUUCAAAUUCUUUACAAGUUCCGAUGCUAACAGAAGCAACAUCAGCGUCAGUUGAAAACAUUUGCACUUUAUCUCCAAAAACUGUUUCUUUGUCAUCAGAUUCUACAGAAAUUCUCUCUCCAAACCAGUCAAAUGAAACAUCUUGUAAAGAUGCUCAAAAGUAUAGGGAAAUGCGACGUAAAAAUAAUAUAGCUUCUCAGCGUUCACGGAACAUGCGAAAACAAAAAGACAGUGUUUUGGUGGAACAAUUGAAAAAGCUAGAAAAAGAGAAUGCCGAGUUGCUGUUAUUAGCUGAUAAACUAGAAAAAGAAAGGGAUAGUCUUCAAAAACAACUUUUAAAAGCUAUUGCUAAGAAAUAAUUUCAGUUAUUCAUUUUUUUUUUUUUUUUAUGAAACAUCUUAUAUCGUUGCAACCAUUGUUUUUCCUUUAUUAAAAUAAUGCUUAUAAUCUCUGUAAACAUGUAAUGCUAAUAAAAUCUUCUUAAUUUA